AGGCGCGGCCCCAUUCCUGCCCGCCGACAGGCGGCGCGGGGCCCUUAAAGGGGCCGUUCCCGCCCGCCCCAGCGGGGCCGCGGGUUCGCGUCCCGGCUCGGCCUACUUCCGCCUCCAGGGCCUGGGCCCUGCCGCUGCUAUGGCCUGCCGCCUCCAGAAGCUGUUCGGGACCGACGGGGACCUGGCGGACGAGGAUUUCCUCUCUGCCGUGGAGGACGCAGAGAACCAGUUCGUGGUCCCCAGACGUUUGUCACCCAGCGAUAGCCCAGUCUCUCCCAGUGUGCAGUCUCCAGCUCCCAGCCUGCAGCCCCUCCGCGCAUUGGGACCCCAGCUCGGUCACUGUGCCGGUAAACCCCCCGGCCUGCGGCCCCUCGCCAGGCAGGGGGAACAGCCCACGGGCUGCCAGGGACCCCCAGCCGGGGGAGCAGCCCCCCAGGAUGAGCUGGACAAUGAUCUCUUCCUGGCUGCCUGCAUGGAGCUGGAGGGCCCCGAGCUGCCGGCGGGGGCAGGUGCUGCCCGGCCACCCCCAGGCCAGUGGGAGAAGCCCCCACAGAUACGCAUGGGGCAGGAGAGCCCCCAGGAAUGGGGGGCCCCCAAGAAGCUGCGGGUGGGAGAGGAGCUGGUCUCCCCUGGCUCUGGGGGGCUGGAGGACAGGCAGGACCCACUGCCUGCCCCACAGGCAGCUCCCACUCCUAAGCUGGUGCUGCGGCCCAGCGCAGCUGGUGCCUGCCCUCCCAGACCCCCCACCAUCCCCCUGGGAAAACCAGGUGGCUCCUGGGGCUCUGUCCCUGCUCCCAGAGGUCCAGCCCCGAGGCCUUUCCAAGCAUCCCCACGUUGGCCGGGAGCGAGCAGCUCCUCCGAGGGGCUGCGGGUGCCCCGGACCCCCAUGGCGCAGACUCCCCGGCAGAGCUGCCCCCCACCCCGGCUGCCCCGUGGCCCUCCCACCAACCCACCAGCCUUGAUGAGCUGUGUGGAGCCCCCGCCGAGGCAGCCGCCCAGGCUGGCCCCAGGCAGCCUGCAGACGCCAGUGGUCACCAACCACCUCGUGCAGUUGGUGACGGCAGCCAGCAAAGCACCCGGGGCUGCCCCCCGUCUCCCACCGCAGGGGAAGACUCGCCGGUUCCCGGGGCCUGCCGGGAUCCUGCCCCAGCAGCACGCCGGGAAGCUGCUGGAGGAGAUCCUUGUUUCUGCUCCCCAAACUCCAGCUCAUGGGGCUGUGGCGAAGCCGCGGACAGAGGGACUGCCCAGCUCCUCGCCACCCACAGAAGAGGAUUUUGGGAAGGGCCCCUGGCUUGCCAUGAAGACAGAGCUGGGGCUGGACGAGAGGGACCCUGGCUGCUUCCUCAGGACCUACAGCGUGGUCAUGGUGCUGCGGAAGGCAGCCUUGAAGCAGCUCCCGAAGAACAAGGUCCCCAGCAUGGCGGUAAUGAUCAAGACCCUGACGAGGACCAAUGUUGAUGCUGGUGCUGUGUUCAGGGACCCGACUGGAGAAAUACAGGGCACGGUGCAUCGCCUGCUGCUGGAAGAGAGACAGAGCGAGCUCAGGCCUGGCUCGGUGCUGCUCCUGAAACAGGUGGGCGUCUUCUCCCCAUCCCACCGCAACCACUACCUCAACGUCACCCCCAACAACCUGCUCAAGAUCUACCCACCGGAGCCCGAGGGCAGCUUCUCACAGUCGUCACCGUCGCAGCAGAAGGUCCCUGCCCAGGCUGGGCUACUCCUGGACCACCCCGCACAGUCCCUCCGGCAUGUCCCUGCCCCUGGGGACUGGGGACGAUCGAGGAUGGGCAGCCACAGCACAGAGCGGUCUCCUGGGGGCUUCUCCCUGCACCCCCAGAGCCCCGGGCCUGGGCGAGAAGAGCCAGUGGGAGCUGACAUCUGCGACAUGGAUGACCUGGAUGGGCUGCUGGGAGAGCUGCCUGAGGAUUUCUUCUCCACUCCGGCCCAAGCUGACUGCUGCUGACCUCAGGGAGCUGCGGCACAGCCAUGGGGCUGGGGAAACGGUUACUGCUGGCGUGGCCUGGGCUGAACCGUGGCCUGGCAAGGAGGCUGAGCAAGCAGGCGAUGCACUGACCAGCCCCCUCCUCCUUUCUCUGUACGUCUGUUGUGUUUGUGCUGGAGCCGAGAGCGGGGGGACCUGGGGAGUCCCGGGUGGGCACAGCCU